UGCGUACUCUUACCAUAAGUGAUCGAGCAUACUUAAUAAUUUCACACAUAAAUACCGAAACACAGAGGCAAGUGCUCAUUAAAUUAAAACUCCUACUGCAGAAUCGCGUAACCUCCAUCAAAACCAAUGAUAAUCAUUUGCACGAUGCCACCGUUUCACCGCAUUUUUUUUGGUACAG